UUUAGAGAAUAGCUCCCUCGAGAGGCGGGCCCAUGACAGACAGGUGGCGCUGGUACACUGGCGCUGAUGGGUCGGCCAGGCGACAGGAACAGAAGUUUGUUCUGCGCUGUGUUUUUACGCAGGCGCAGAUCGCACUGUUUGUCCAGUUUCGACUUUUACCUGUGAGGUAGACUAGUUUCGGUUUGCCGUCGGUAAUAAGCAACAACAACCACCGGGGUCCGGUCCGGUCCAGAGGUGACAAGACUUUCUUCCUCCCUCCCCGGCUCCGUGUGACUCAGGGGCUCCCACUGCGGAGCGUCGGACGGGAUUUCUCAGCGAAUUUUAGAGUCGGUGCGCAACAGCGAGCAAAGCAGGAGGCAGGUACACGGGAGAGGACAGGACAGGACGGGGAGGAGGAGGAGUGCUGCUUGUAUUUCCGCGAAAGAGUCCUGUCGUUCACACCGGGCCGAAUGAUUGGAAAUCAACUGGUUGGCGCCUCGGUGGUUGAUCUGUGUGAGUUUCAUUAGUAUGCGGCUGGAGUCCCCCCGCUGCUGCCGACAUCCAGCCUGAGGACUGAUUGGCAGCCCUGAAGUCUCCUCCGCGCCUGCUAAGUGACUCCUCGCCCCUGGGAGGACGAGGAGGAGGAGGAGGCGGCGGCAGCAGCAACAGAAGCAGGACCCCGGCGGCACCGGCUGUUGUGUGGAACAGUUUUCACGGACGCAGCGCGGACCUCCUCGCCUCGUGGAUCAGGAAGAUGAUGGGCUUUCUGCGCCGGACGUUCAGCCGCCGCUCCCGGAGCCGUUUCCAGACGAGAGACAGGGACGAACGGGACGGGAAAGGGGGAGGAGAAGGAGGGGUGACCGGGAACCCCGUGCUCCUGGCCCAUCAGCAGCAGGUCGUACACGCGCCCGCCGUGGUCUCCGGGGGAGCGUCGGUUCACAUCCCGGCGGCCGGGACGGCGAGGACCACGAUCACCUGCCGCGUCCUGCUGCUGGACGGCUCGGAUGUCAAUGUGGAUUUGCCUAGUAAGUCCAAAGGCCAGGACCUUUUUGACCAGAUCAUGUAUCACAUAGAUCUGGUCGAGACAGACUACUUUGGAUUGCAGUACAUGGACACAGAACAAGUCUCACACUGGCUGGAUAUGUCAAAGCUUAUAAAGAAACAGAUUCGAGAAGGGCCUCCAUACAGACUGUUCUUCAGGGUGAAAUUUUACUCUUCAGAGCCAAAUAACCUGCAUGAGGAAUUUACAAGGUAUCUCUUUGUGUUGCAGCUUCGACAAGAUAUUCUGUCUGGCAAAUUGAAAUGUCCGUAUGAUGUCUCAGUAGAGCUGGCGGCAUAUUGUUUACAAAGUGAGCUGGGAGACUGCGAUCCCUUGGAGCACUCUCCUGUGCUGGUGUCAGAGUUUCGUUUCAGUCCCAAACAGACUGAGGUCAUGGAGGCCGACAUCUUCGGCAGGUGGUUGGAGCUCAGGGGAAAGAGCCCGUCUCAGGCAGAGAUUUCUUUUCUCAACAAAUGCAAGUGGUUGGAGCUUUAUGGAGUAGACAUGCAUUUUGUCAAGGGCAGAGAUGGAGGAGAAUAUGCACUGGGUCUCACUCCUACUGGCAUCUUAGUAUUUGAAGGCUCCAACAAAAUCGGCCUCUUCUUUUGGCCCAAAAUCACUCGGCUGGACUUCAGAAAGAGUCGACUCACGUUGGUCGUGGUGGAGGACGAUGAUCAGGGUCGGGAGCAGGAGCAUACGUUUUUGUUCCAGCUGGCCAGCGCCAAGACCUGCAAGCACCUGUGGAAGUGUGCCGUGGAGAGCCACGCCUUCUUCCGGCUACGCCAACCAACCACGGGCAAGGCCAGCCGCAGCGAUUUCACACGACUCGGGUCCCGCUUCAGAUUCAGCGGUAAGACAGAGUAUCAGGCCACUCACGGAGGCAGACUGAGGAGAGCCAGCACAUUCGAGAGAAGGCCGAGCAAGAGAUACCCCUCCCGCACACAGUCACUGGGCAAAGCUGCUAUUUCUCCAGCCAAGCCACAUAUCAGCUCUCAUGCCAGCCCUGAUCCUAGCCGACAUCCAUACCAGCACAACAUUCCUCUUGGUCACGAGCCGUGGCAUCCGCCCCACCCGGCUCUCACACCCCCAGUUUACCUGCAGCCGUCUGGACACACACCAUCACACAGUUUCCCUCUAAGUGGUCCUGCCUCAGACCAUCAGUUCAGCAUCGAAGAGAAUGAGACUUCCUAUUCUGGAAAGAUUCACCACCAUCACCGUCGCCACACACACAGCCAGGAGACGCUCUGCCACACACACACCAAGAACAAACGUCGAGCUCCUCCCUGCCCUGCAGAUGAGCUGGACAUCUCUCAGUCUCUGCUCAAAGCUCUGGAGUCAGACAGUGAUUCUCCCCCCUGGCCCUCGCUGCAUGUCAACAUGGACAACAAGGGAGAGGAGAAGCAGCUGUCUGAAAAGUCUCUACACCCUCCUUCCUCCCCUGCGAUGCUCCCUGACCACCUUAAGUGUAACAUCCUCAAGGCCCAGAUGGAGGCAGCUUUCAGGGAAGCUCCAUUGACGCCUAGAGGGAAGAAUUCAAAUGAGACCCUCAAUGACAGGUAUCAGAGCUCAUCCCAAGACUCGGCUGCAUCCAGUUUGACUGACAAGACGCCACAUCGACAAGACCGCAACCUGACGCCUGAGAGUGUGCAGUCCAAAGUCAACACAAGCACCACCCGCAGAAAACGACUGGUCAGACAAUUCAGCUUUAACCAUGAAGAUGAAGAUAAUCUCCCAGAAGCACUUGCAGCCAUCUCCUCCCAGAGUACAGGAAAGUCAGGAUCCACCAGCUCAUUAGACAAACAGAUCCAGCCGUCCAUAUACCCGCAGGUGGAUAAUAUGCCAGCACUGGAGCUGAGUAGUCCAUGCUGUCCCUCUCCUUUGCCUUCUCCCCAUCUCUCCCCUUCUUACUACCGUAGCUCCAUUCCUCACCUGGUCCCUUACCUUGCUGCCCAUAACGACAGCGGAGAGGAAAUGAGAUUGGACCGAGAGAAGAUACUAAGAGCGCUCCUGAUGACAGAGCUCUGAGACCAUGACCCUUGACCCCUGUGACAUUAUUGCCAAGUGCAGAAGACCUUGCAUUAAGUGAGAAAAGUGGAAAUGGUAACAGAAGACCCAAAGUACUGGCUGCAAUCAACAUAUGUAUAUUCACACUCAGCUGCUGUAAAUAUAUUUUUGCAUAAAGGCAAUUCUUAUUGCUUAAUUGUUAUUUUAGAAAGACGGGUCUUUAUAGUCAUCAAACUAAAACUGUAAAAACUAAGUGAGAUAAAACAAAAUGGACUCGCUGGCUAACUGACUGACUCACACACACAUACAGACAAGCUACAGAUGUGACUGGUGCUGCGUGCAUGAUACAUAUAUUACAUGAUAAAAUAUUCAUCUGAUUUGUUUUGGGGUCAUGUUUAAGUUCUAUGUGAUUUCAUUAACGCUCUGUCUAUGUUGAUACCUAAACUGUGUUUCAGACAACGACUGUUGAAGAAUAGAUUUCUAUACGUUAGAAAACAGUGGCUGAAGUGAAAGUUAGUUCACUUUCAAUUCAGUUUGUUCAAAAUGUAAAUAGACAGAGUAAUUAAUAUUAUGAUUACGGAGCAGGCAUUGUAAAUGCUUAUAUGCUUGUUGUAUUUAUAUAAUGUCAGAUAUUCAUUUUUACAUGCCAAAAUAUUUGCAGCAUUUGAAUUGUAAGAAGCUUCCUGAACAGAGGGAACUGAAGGUGAAUUCCGACUAGGACAUGUUGAGACUGGAUUGUACUGCGAGCUACAGCCUCAAUCUACCCACUAGAAGGAGACAAAUCUGCAGACACAGCUCCUGUGGCAGCUGAACACACUGAUCCUGUGUUGCCACGAUGAACACAUCAUUGAUGACUUUGCUAUUUUUUACAUGCAUUUUGAGUUUUCAUUACAGGUCAGAACUGAUCUCACAAGUCAUGUUCUUGGAAAAUAGCUAUAAGAUAAGCAAACCCUGCUGCUCAACAACUUUAUUUCAGCCCUUGUUUUGUCACAACCACAUCUGGGACAGCGUAUGUACUGGAUAUGUUGAUUGUGUUGUUUCUGCCCUCGGCAGGUUCUUAUUAAAGUCCACAU